UAGUAUUAUAUUCACAGUAUUCGGUGUCGAACAUUUUCUUUUUGAUGAUACUAAUAUGAACGUAUCCGCUGCAACAGUCCUGCUGUUUGUGUUUCAGUUGAUCCAUUACGCUCAGUUUCUAAUAUUCAAACAAAAAAAUGACGACACUUCGAAUGAUCUGAAUGACAGUUCUCGAGAAGAGAAUGAAACAUUAUUUAUCAAUGGAUCAAAAUUGGAUUUCCUCUAUUGUAACUCUAUUCUUGGAAAUAAUAAAUCAAUAGAAAUCAAAUUUGGUAACGAAUCAAGUGUACUCGAUUAUUGGAUUGAUGAUUACCCCUUAAAAGUUAUUACUCACGGAUGGCUUGCGUCAGACAAUAAUUUCACUGGAGUGUUUAUCAUUAAGACCGCUUACUUAAAAGUCGGCGGAUAUAACGUGAUAACCGUGGACUGGGGUGGCAUAGCGGCAUUCCGGAAUUAUUUGYUACCGGUGUUGAUGACGUCAAAAAUAGGUGCCAAACUGGCCAGGGUGUUGGACAACAUCGUGAACCUUGACGUCAUCGAACCGGAGGACAUACACUUGAUCGGGCACAGUCUCGGUGCCCACAUCGCCGGUGUGUGUGGGUCACUGAUGAAAUCGAGAAAAAUCGGCCGGAUAACGGGUCUCGAUCCAGCCGGACCGGGCUUUGAGGUUGCAAAGCUGCAGAAAAAAGGGCUGAAAAAAGCGGACGCUCUGUUCGUGGACAUCAUACACACUUCCGGUGGAUCAACUGGCAUUUAUAACUCGGCGGGGCACGCGGAUUUCUUCCCGAAUGGCGGCAGCGURCCUCAACCGGGCUGCUACGAUGGUAUAAACCUCGAUAGGUUAUUUGGACUCGUUGGAUGCAGCCACUCGAGGGCGUAUAUCCUUUACGAAGACUCUGUGUACAACCCUGGUUCGAUGAUGGGGUAUAAGUGCAGUACCUGGAAUGAUUACGUGGAGCGAAAUUGCGACGACGACGAUAAAACGCCGAUGGGACACAACGCUUCGGCYAAGGCAAGAGGUGAUUACUAUUUGCGCACCAAAAGUGUUGCUCCUUUCGACAUACCGUAUGAAUUGAAAGAAGACCUCUGAAGUUAUAUCCUCUUUAGUCUUUACACUAAUAACAAAGUUAAGUCACGGAGUACAGACUCUGAAGAAAUUCCAUUUAUUGACACUUUAAGUUAUGAUUAACAGUUAAUCUUAGCAAUAUUAUAUUAAUUUGUGAUUAGCACUAAAAAUAAACUUUCUAUAUUUUUGUGUUAAGUUUCAAGGAACCAAAUAUUUUA